AUGGAAGAACCUUGCUAUACAUGCCGGCGGCGGCGGAUUCGCUGCGAUCAAUCUCGUUCACCUUGCGCAAAAUGCACGACAAGUGGUUUGCAAUGCUUUACUUCCAGACCCCUCAGAUGGGUUGCUGGCGUGGCAAUACGAGGGAAGAUGCGGGGCGUUUCGUUUGAAAACACAUCAGAUGAUUCAACCAAAGGAGCAAGUGCUCAAAAUCAGUUCGGUCCAAAGGAUGGCUCUCUUCCUGCAGUCGUGUCUGUCUUCACCGCCGUGGGCCCUUUCGGACAGCUGGAUCCAGUUUCCAGGUACUACCUGGAUUAUUAUAAUGACCGCAUUUGUAAGCUCUUCAUAGUCUACGAUAGCGAGAAGAAUCCUUUUAGGGCUCUGAUAUCCCUUUCGUUACUUGACCGGACCUUGCUCAAGUCGGUCCUGGCCCUUGCAGCACGACAUAGGGUUAACAGGGAUUGUUCUUUUCAUGAUCUCACCAUCCAGCCACCGCCAGGGCCGGCAAAUGCCCAAUUAGAUGCUCUUCGAUUCAAGUAUCAAGCUAUACAGGGGAUUUCAAAAGACUUGGGGGAUUCGACAUCGGGGAAGAAGGACACAACGGUGGCUAGUAUCUUCCUGCUAAUAUUCCUGGAUCUGCUAGAGUCAGGAAGUGAUCGAUGGAACGUUCACCUAGAAGGUGCUAAGCGGCUGAUGGAUUUCAAUCUACCCGAGCCGCGGGCUGGUUCCCGGCACGAUCCGGGGCAGACUGUCCAGGAGAUUCGUAAUUUUCUUGCCAGUCAGAUUUACUCGAUCGAAACCCUGGGAGGGACCUUUGUACGCCCUAAAUUAUUGUCGCAAUUUGAUCUGCUCCGUGGACCACAGUUUCAGGAGACUGUCGAGCAAUCAUUUCUUGGGUGUCCGGAAUAUCUACUGGAUGCCAUACGAUAUCUCUCGGCGCGAAGGGACGCAAUAACAUGUCCUGAACGACAUGACGACUCUACCUUCAGCUACUUUGUUGAGAAUACCGUGAUGAUGAUCGAUUUCAUCCAACAAUUUGACUGCUCCGUAUGGGCCUCAUCUCUACUACUGAACACAACGGGCACCGGAGAUAUAGGAUCUCUUUGCACCUUGGCACGGACUUAUCAGAUUGGGGCUCUGAUAUACGGCAAACGGGUCCUUGGGGCUCUUACCAAGGAGUGUCUGUCAUUGGAAGAUCUGGUGCAAGAGCUGAUCGACGCGAUCAGCAGCUUGCAGGAUGAUAAUGCUUUAUACAAAUGCAUUCUCUGGCCCAUAUUCAUUGCUGCCCUUGAAUGCCAUCAGCCAGAGCAAAGAGAAACCCUUUUGUGCUACAUGGAGAAGUUUUGGGAUUGCACCAGUUGUGUGAACGCGAUCAAUGCUGCCAAAAUUAUAAAAGAUCACUGGGAGAAAAGCGAUGGUGCAUCCUCACAAUGGAUCUUUUCAAUUGGGUAUCUAGGUCGUGACUGGCUUUUGAUCUGAGGCUGGCUCUGGCAUAGCUGGAGGAAGAGCCACUGCCAAGUAUGGCGCGGAAUGGCAGUGCUUCAAGUCGGGUGUUAUAUCAUCUAC